GCUGUCCUGGGUCUUGGAGACACCGGAGCCGGGUGGCGUUGCUAGCCUUGCCCAGCGACGACCCGAGCAGAGGCGCGCAUGGACUAAGUGGUCCUCCGGAGUUCGGGUCCAGUACCAGGCAGCCGCGGGCACUUGCCAUGGGCCAAGCAUGACUAUGGGGUCGCUCGGCUCCCGCUUGCCUGGCCGCCUGCUGCAGCAGCUGCUUCUGCUCCUCCUCGUCGCCCGGAAUCGACCCCUCUUGCACACUGGAGCCGGAGCCGCGGCUGCGGCCGAGGCCAAAUUCGGUUGCCUCUUUGAAGAUGAUCUCUGCAAAACUUAUGAAAUUUGUGUAAAUGAUGGAGUACUUGGGAAAUGUCAGCGAGUUCCAGUGAUAGAUGUAAACAAGUAUGAAAUUUCACCAUCAACACUUCAUCGUUUGAAAAUUGUCUUAGAGAAGUUGCUGCACAGAGGGUUUACAUGGCAUGAUGAUUAUACACAGCAUAUUAUAGCCCGUGAGCUUUCUGAUCUCCCGAAGACCCAUGACUGGCAUCUGGAAACAUCCUCAUCUGAAGACCCUGAAGAUUCAACCAGGAUUUCAAAACAGGAACCUGACAGGAAUUUGGGAAAAGAUGUGAACUUUGCCAGUUCCCCUCGACAAUACCUGACCUAUCUGGAUAUUCUUUCUCAGUCUGGAGCUCCACAUUUAUAUUCAACAAUAAAUGCCAACAAAUCCCCUUUUAAGGUUGGCGACAUUCCACCAAGGUCCAUGAUCAACUAUAUGAUGCAGAAUUCUAAAGGAAAAACACCUGCUAUGACCUAUUCAGUACCUGUCCAUUCAAAGUAUAUUGAAAACAUUCCUGCAAGGACCUUCAGCAAAUCACAGAUGGAUAAAUUUCAGCUAAAACCUGAAGAACAAUUAGACAGGAAAGAUCUAUUGAUGACCCUUAAUGCAUAUAUCACUCAGAAAUUACCAACCAAAAACCUUGAUGGACGUUCGUCUGUUAGCAGGACUAAAGAAACAUCUCCUUAUGAAAACAGGGUUAAACCUCUUCACAUUGACCAAUUUGAUGGAAUAAUAUCCAAAGAAAAGCUAGGAGGCUUUGAGAUGAAACCACAGUUUCUACAGAGGCCAGUAUCAGGAUUGGUGUCUGGAUCUAGACAGAAUGAUUUGAAGCUUUCUCUAACUCCAAUAGAUGAAAUAUUUAUUCAAGAUGUUCUGAGAGACCUGAGGAAACAUCAUGUGGAUGUAGAUAAGUUGAGCCCACUGGAGCUGGACAAGAUGGCUGAUAUAAUUGCUGAAGCUGUUCAAAUUGUUGAUACAAAUGGAGAAAAGGACAAUGCCGCUGGGAAGAUCGAAGGAGAGAGAACUGCAACAGGAGUGGGUGCAGAAGGAGAAAACAAUUAUGAAAUGGGAGAGAACGAGGGUAUUCAUGUGCAAGAUAAGGGGCCAUGGAACAUCGAGGCCGAGUUUAAAAAAGAAGAGGACAAUCUAGAUUCAAAAGUACCAGAUUUCCUGAGUAAAAAUAUGGUUCCUGAAAAUCUGUCAAAGUCAUAUUUGUCCAAAGAGUCCUUUAAAACAGAAAUGAAAAAAUCAGAUGAUUUAGACCUUUCCUCUUCAUCUGAAGAAGUCAAGGUUGGGAUUGAAAAUGUGAAGAGUGAAACCUUAUCAAGAGAACUGAUUGCUCAAAAAAAAGCAGAGUCUGAACCCAGCUCCAAGGAGCUAAGUGAGCUUCAUCAAUGGAUUAAGAAUAUGUGGCUUCAAGAUGAAAGUGUUUAUGAAGCAACUCAAGAAAAGAUUGGAGAAGGCCUCAAGUUAGAUGCAACGUCUUCCAAAGUGGAAGAAUAUGGCUACAUCAUGACAGAGAAAGACCCACUGAGUGAAGAAAAAGGUUUGGACUUAAUAAAGGAAGUUGCUGGUCUUCUGAAGCUCCAGAUGACAGCAUUUGCUGAUAUCAACAUAUUGGGGCCAGCUGUGACCUUCAAAGUGCACCCAAAUUCUCUUGGUAUUACCACUGCUGAUGUUGUCAGAGUAGCAGCUGACAACAAAAAUAUGCUUGAAAAACAUACAGGAUUGGAAAUAUUGAAGAUUGGCAUGGAGAAGAAAAACAAGCUGGAACAUUUGCCUCACCAUGCUCAAGAAGAGAAAGAUACCACCAAAUUUAUCAUACUGUCACUCCUCUCCAUUGCUUGCAUUUUGGGAGUCCUUAUGACUUCUGGAGUGAUCUACUGCUUCCGCCAUGGCUCUCAUCACAAACUAAAGGAGAAGUUGACAAGCCUAGGUUCUGAUCCCAGCUCGGAUGCUACUGCCACUUAUCAGGAAUUAUGCCGUCAGCGUAUGGUGGUGAAAACAUCAGAUUGUUCAGAACCUCUACAUGCUUCUCGUAUUAAUAGCAUAUCUUCACAGUUUAGUGAUGGACCUAUUCAAAGUCCUUCUACUCGAAGCAGCACUUCAUCCUGGUGUGAAGAACCAGUCCAGUCUAAUAUGGACAUUUCCACUGGUCACAUAAUAUUGGCCUACAUGGAGGACCAUUUGAAAAACAAGAAUCGUCUAGAAAAAGAGUGGGAAGCACUUUGUGCAUAUCAAGCUGAGCCUAAUGCAACUACCAAUGCCCAUAAGGAAGAAAAUAUCCAGAAAAACCGCUCUCAAGUUAUAGUAGCAUAUGAUCAUUGCAGGAUAUGUUUGAAAGCUGAAAAUAGUCAUGACAAUUCAGACUACAUCAACGCAAGUCCAAUUAUGGACCAUGAUCCUAGAAACCCUGCAUAUAUAGCUGGUCAGGGUCCAUUGCCUUCUACUGUCACAGACUUCUGGCAGAUGGUCUGGGAAAAUGGUUGUGUGGUUAUUGUCAUGCUGACCCCUCUCACUGAAAAUGGACUCAAACAGUGCUACCACUAUUGGCCAGAUGAAGGGUCAAAUCUCUACCAUAUCUAUGAGGUAAAUCUGGUCUCUGAACACAUCUGGUGUGAAGACUUCCUUGUAAGAAGUUUUUACUUGAAAAAUCUUCAAAGCAAUGAGACUAGGACAGUAACCCAGUUCCAUUACCUUACCUGGCAUGAUCAACAAGUUCCUGCAUCCACAAGAUCCCUUCUGGAUUUUCGCAGAAAAAUAAACAAGUGCUACAAGGGCCGUUCUUGUCCAAUAGUUGUGCAUUGCAGUGAUGGUGCAGGAAGAACUGGAACCUACAUCCUAAUUGAUAUGGUUCUCAAUAAAAUGGCCAAAGGUGCUAAGGAAAUUGAUAUUGCUGCUACUCUGGAGCAUUUGAGAGAUCAAAGACCUGGAAUGGUCCAGACAAAGGAACAGUUUGAGUUUGCCCUGACAGCAGUUGCAGAAGAAGUGAACGCAAUACUCAAGGCACUUCCACAGUGAGCAGCCUGUGGUCUGUUGAUUGGAAGUUCCCAAUGUGGCUGAAUGGUCUCUCUUUCAUUAUUCCUGAUCCCUGUGGAUGUUGUUGGAAAUGUGACCUGAUUCUAAUUGUGUGUCUGCUGUUGUAACUACAUCUUGAUUGGUCCUUUACAAAUGUCUAUUGCCAGGUUAAAUUCAACCAAGAAUUUCUAUAUUAUUCUUGUUAGGAUAAUAGUACACCAAGACCUUAAGUGACAGGAACAAUCCCUCUACUUCUUUUACAUCAGUGAAGUCCUAAAUUUCACACUUGGAAAGCACAUGCACAUCUUGUUAAUAGAAAGUAUACAUUGUUUUAGAUAAGCAAUGCAUUUAAUGUAUCUCCAGCAACAUAGCAUUCUCUUACAUUUUUGCAAGUUUUCCAAAACUAUAUAAACUUGGGUGGGAAAAAUUAAUAUUUUUAAAAACAUUGGGAUUGCUUUAAGAAAGAUCAAGCAAGCCCAUAGUAUAAUCCCUCAUGUUUUCAUAAACAUUAGUUCAAUUUAUAGAUAAAGAAACUAUGCCUUUCAUCCUGUGUCUUAAUCAAACUGAUUUUUUUUCCAACUUUCUGUAAUGAAUAAAAACAAAUUUUAAACUCAGUUCAGGGACCUGCAUGCUUAUAACAGCUAUGGAGGAAAUAUCAGCCCAGUUAGUAGGAGCCAAAGGUUCAAAAAGCAUAACAAACUUUUAUUGUGUGUUGCUGCCCUAAUGGGAAGAAAGGAGGCAGAAUAAUUUAACCUCAACAGAUUUUUAAAAGCCCUCUGCUGACAACUUGUUGGUUUUCUUUCUAUUUUUAUAACUUAACAUUACUUUAUCUUUUUAAACAACCAAAUAUUGUACACUGUUUUAAAGAUCUUAAAGAGAUUCUUCUAACUGCUUCUUAUCUGAUUGAAUUGCUAGCAUUGUUAUUUUAAACCAUAGCAAGUUCUUUGUUUGAUAUAUUCUUGAAUUUGCAGAAUAAUUAUAAAUCUGAAAUUACCUAUUUUUCCUUCUGAUUUUCCAUUCUUUAUCACUUAUAUUUCUUAAAAGUAAAUUAUUUCAGGACUGCUGCCACUGUAAAAUAAUCUGAUAAUGCCCCAUGAAUCAUACUUAAAAAGGAAAUGUUUAGGUUUCCUCUCUCAAUUGCUCCUUUGCACAUGCAGUAAUGUUUUUUAAACAUUUCCAUGUGCCUCGCAUUUGUUGAUUCAAGAGAAUGGAACACGUUUUUGGGACAUGUCUACAUUUAUUUGAAAUGUGAAGUAAAAAAAUACACUUCAAUUACUGUAUAUAGUAUGCUACCUAUUUAUUUCUUUUAACACUACUGGCAUUUAUUGUGAAUUUCAUUCCAAGGUAUAAGUAUACAUUUCCAGGAAGAUCACAGCAAUGAUCUUGAGAAUUAAAUUACACAUUGUAGUUCUUGGGCACAAUUCAUAAAACAAUUUCACUGGGGCUUACAUAAGUAUUCACCAACCUCUAUUAUGGUAUCUUCUCUCUUUAACCUUGCAAGCUCCAUUGAAACCUACAGAAAACCUGUAGCAGCAGCAUUGGAGUAUUCAGCCCAACUAUUUCAACUGUUUAAUGUAAGCUUAAAUGCAACCUUCUAGUAAUUAAAGAAUUGUUUCAAAAAGAUUUAGAUGUAUUAACCACUAUGUAAUUUUCUGCACAUUGUUUGUGACAUAUAUAAAAUGCUUGGUUUGCACAUUUCGUUAUUAGUCUUGCAAAGCAGUCAAAGUGGAUUCCUUUAUCCUCUUUGUAUAUUUAUUUCCUGUACAUUCAAUCACAUGGUAGUAUGAUAAGAUCAAUAUUUUACAAGUAGUCUAGUAAUAAGUAAAAGAAAAAAAAUUCUUUUCAUUUGACAAUUUAUUCUUAACUAGUAAAGAAUAGGAAUUGGGAAAGACAAAAAUCAAUUACAGUGAUAUCUGUCAAAAUGUAUAUUAGGUUUACUGGAAUUAAGCAAUGUACUAUGGAUUCCUUACAGAUUAAUAUCUACAUCAAAAUGAAGAAACAUUCUAAAGAGACAAGUAUUACAUACUGUCCUUUAUUAUUAUAGUAUUCUGUAUUACUAACCUAGAAGAAAAUAAUUUAGGUCAUAUUCAAAUGACCUACAUUUAGAAGAUCCAGGACAAUGUUGAAUUGCUUAAAAUCCCAAUAAUAUUGUUUCAGUCUGAUUUGAAAGGCGCCUAUCUAUGCUGAUUUCCCAUGGUAAGCAUAGAAUCUUGGAUUUUUUUACUGUUUCUUGUUAUUCUUACCACCAACAAGAGAUCUGUCAAACUGGUGACCCACGGCCAAUGCGUCACGUGCAGGCCAUGCCCAUCCCUGCUCCGCAAAAGCAAAAAAUAUAAAGAUACAUCACGAUACAUCAUGUGAUGCAAUCGAAUUUGACACCCAUGAUCUAGAAGGUUCUACCAUUUGAAUUUGCCAAUACAGUUUAAAUCAGCCUCUCUCAUGAAGUGACUAAUACUUUAGCAAUAAAAUCUACUUUCAACCAUUUAGUGACAUGUGACUAUCAGUACUGGCAAACUAUGAUUAGUUGUUUCCCACAAGCUAAAAUAUGAAACCAGGUCAUAAAUCAUAUGUAAUUCAGACAUCGUUGAAAAUUACACUUGCUGCAACUUUCUGACAUAUUUUUCACUUUCCUUAAUAGCUUGCACACAAAAAAGGAAUGAAGUAAUUGCAUGCUAAGGAAGAGUAGGCAUUUGCAUAUCAACUUUUGGGAUAUGAUUGUCCAAACGUAUUCUCUAUAGUAGGUAAUACGUCAAUUCUUUUGUUAAUAUUUUGUUAUUAAUUUGUUAAUAUUUUGAAAUUAAUAUAAAGCUGAAUUUGUUCAUAAGGGUCCUUAUAUGAUUAAUAUAUACAACUGUUUCAUAGUAGAUCCCAUCAAUUUCUCUUCUUUAGGAAAAGUGAGAUAAACCCAAACUAGCCCAUUAUCAUCCCUCAGGUUGGUAUAUCACAAGUGACUGAUAAUACUGUACUAUGUGUCCAACAUUACAACACAUGCAAUUCCUGAAUAAAUAAUUAUUUUAACUAUUUCUCAGAUUUCUUUUAAGGCAAAACCAGUCAAAGUGACUUUAUAAAAUGCAGUAACAUGAAAAAAUAAAACACAAAAAGACUAGCAAUUAUAACAAGAUAUCACCCAAAAUGGAAGAAAAACUUGAAGCCAAUAUUCAAACAAAGGUAUGAAAACUUAAAUACCAUUCAAAGAGGAAGAACAACCAAUGAUUAUGGUGUAAUAGUUUUGGUGUACCGAUUGGGUUACAUGAAUAUGGAACGUACUUUAAUACAAUCUGCACUUUUUUUCAUAUAUGCAUGCAAAUAUUAAACAAGA